AUGUGUGGAAACCUACUUGUAAUCAUCUCUAUUGCUUACUUCAAACAGCUCCACACUCCUACAAACUUCCUGAUGCUCUCUCUGGCUGUGGCUGACCUGCUAGUUGGACUUUUCAUCUUGCCUUUCACUGUCAUCCUCUUUGUCAGCUCAUACUGGCGUCUGUAUGAUCUACUUUGUAGGGUACGGAGCAGCUUAGAUAUGUUGCUGUCCAAUUCUUCCAUAUGGAACAUGUGCUUCAUUUCUGUUGACAGAUAUUAUGCAGUGUGUCAUCCUUUGAUAUACAGAAUUAAAAUAAAUGUCCGUGUUGUUGGGAUCAUGAUCAUGGUGUCCUGGACUGUUGCCACUCUGAAUGGAAUUAUUUUCACAUUCCAGGCCCCAGAUAAAGGACAAAAAAACAAGAGGUGUGCUUCAUUUCAAAAUAAAGCACAGGAUACAGUAGUUGUGGGAGCUUUAAUUGCAUUUUUUUUCCCGGCUAUUGUGAUGCUUGCACUCUACCUAAAGAUUUUCAUGGUGGCACAGAGACAAGCACGCAGCAUCCUGAGCAUGGCAAACUCUGCUGCAGCUGCCAGUAAAAUGGAGAGAAAGGCGACUAAAACUCUGUCUAUUGUGGUGGGGAGUUUUCUCCUGAGUUGGACGCCUUUCAUUCUGUGUUUGAGCUUUAAUCCUUUCAGCAAUUAUACAAUACCUUUUCAUGUCAUGCAAUUUUUUAAGUGGCUUGGAUGGUCAAAUUCAAUGUUCAAUCCCUGUAUUUAUGCUUUCUUUUACAGCCAGUUUCGAUCAGCUUUCAGGAUGAUCAUGACUGGGAAAAUCUUUCAAGAUGUCUCUAAUUCUAAGCUCUUUUGAUCCAUAACAUACUCGAUCUACUUGACCCAUAAAACAUUUGAAUGGGUCAAUGCCUCUAUGAACAUCAUGUGUAUCUUAUUUACUUGUUAUUCCCAUUCUACUAUGUCAUUCAUACAGGCAUACUAAUUUAAGCUUCUGUCUUUUACGAGUACUUCACAGGUGAAAAUACAAUGUUGCCUGAUUGUGCACAUUAAAUGACUUUAAUUAAUGAUGCCACAUAAUAAUCAAAAAACACGAUUUAGUGUAUUUAGUGUAGGAUGUGUUUCAGGAUAUGUGUCAGUCAGUUUCAAUGCUGUUCUGUGAUACAUCAAUCUUGCACUUUGCUUUGUAAACAUGACUUUGUCAACAAUAUGCAUUCAGAUGAUGAUUAGAUG